UAUUAUGCAUUCACAUCCAAAGAUGGCGGCGCCCAAUUUUUUUGAAAACUUUUCAUUUCUCUAAAAAUAAUCUCGAAUUAAAGAUGCCAUCUGGAUCAUCAGCCAAAAAGAAAAAAUCGAAGAGGAAACAUGCAUCGCGGAGACCAGUGACAUAUGUCAAACAGAACAAGAAAGCUCAUAGUGAAGUGAUAUCAACCUUACACAACUUGAACAAGGCAAUUGAGUCUACCAAGGCAAAUCCAAGUCUCACAAAGGCAGAGAAAGAAGCUCACAUUAAAGAGCUACAGAAGGAUGUUGAAGAGGCUGGGGGCAUUGCAGUGUAUCAAGUGGCCUCUAAGAGAGGAGAAAGCAAGCAUGGGAGUUUCAACUCUGCAAAAUGGGUUGUCAAGACACUGAAGAAACACAAAGUGAAACCUGCUUCAGUUGAGGAGAAGCAUCUGCAGUUGCUGGAUGUUGGAGCCUUGGAUGAGAAUUACCAGAAGUGGAAGUCUUGGAUAUGCGCUACAGCAAUAGAUCUGAAUCCCCAAUCUCCAGCUAUUCUCCAGGCUGAUUUCCUGGACUUUAAGAAAGAUGUCAGUCAAGUCUAUGAUGUGAUUGUUCUGAGUCUUGUUCUGAAUUUUGCUGGAGAUCCAAUCAUACGUGGCAAAAUGCUAAAGCAAGCCAGGAGACUGUGCAAAAUUGAUGGCCAUGUCUUGAUUGUAUUGCCCUUGCCUUGUGUGAAGAACUCUCGCUAUAUGACCCAUGACCUAUUGAAGGAAAUAAUGGUGUCUUUAGGCUUUACAUGUAUUGAUUCACAUGAUAGUAAGAGGUUGGCAUUCAUGAUGUUUAAGAAGUCAGCAGGAGCAGCAGUUACACACAAAGUGUUCCCAAAGAAGGAGAUGAAAAAUGGUGUCAAGAUGAACAACUUUACCAUUGUUAUUAAAUGAAAGAGAAAUGUAGAGAGGGUGAUUGGUCAGAAACUACAGGAGCCUCCACAAGUGAAGUGCAACUAGGAUACCAGUGAUGCUUUGACCAAAGUGCUAAAAUGAUUCUAGUGCUACUAAAGACUGAAGUGCUUUGGUGAUUGUAGUGCUACUGUGACUUAAGUAAUACAACAACAAUGGUACAUGAUUCAAGUGCUGUAUACUAGUGUAUAGUGACUAAAGUGCAAUAACAAUGAUUAUACUGUGACUAAAGUGAUUUAAUCAUUUUAGUGCAUUUAUGACUGAAGUACUACUAUGAUUCUAGUGAUAUUGUGUACAGAACGUGAACAGUAAUUGCAUUAUUAUAUUCAAAUCAAAGGUAUUGGGUAGUAGAUCAUAAAUAUAGAAUCAUUUUGUUAUCUUUUUUUUGCCAUGGAAAACCAAAAUUACUUUCCUUAGGGAAUAUGCAGAAAUCUUCUUGAGAUUCUACAUAGCCUUUUACAAAUUCAUGAACAUUUGAUAUUUUCAGUCUCUAUUAGCAUAUUUGAUAUCUUGUUGUGAACAAUUAAUUGCUAAAUAUACUUCAAUGAUUGAGAAACAAUUUAUUGUAUGUUGGG